UUGUUGGCUCUCGCGGGCUUUGUUUUGAUAUGGCGGCAGGUUUCGAAACUUCUGUUUGUUAUAUCUGUUUAACGAUUUCCUUCACAAUUAUAAGGCUGGUUUCCCCUUUUGUUACAGCAUCAGAAAGAGCCUGUUGUUGGAAAGUGCUUCUUCAUAAUGAAAUCAACCCUUAAUCUGUCGUUCAAAUCCCGGAUUAGCAACCUCUGAUUGRCCGACACGCCUCGGCCGACAACAUCAUGUCGUCUCCAGCCGGGCUGCAGUACUCCCAGGCGGAUUUCCUGGCCCGGUGGAUGCCGAGCAGCACCAGAGCUGGGGUGAUUCUCAGCCCCUCCCCGGAUCUGGCUGGAUCCUUACGACCCAUCCCCGCCACGGGAUCCCCGCCACUGCAGCCCGACGACUCCUUCACAUCCAGCUUCGCCCCUCUGCCGGCCUCYGCAGACAGCAGCUGCCUGGAUGUGGAUGGACCCGGACGGGUGGUCGGUACUGAKGGGCCGGAGGACGGCUCGGAUCCAGAUGGACAGCUAGGCAUUUUGAAUGACGUGACAAGCAAAACACAGGAGCUACCUCUUGAGAUGAAGCUGGAACAGUUGAGACAAUGGCAGCAGCACAUGCAGGAGCAGCUAAAAGGCCAUCAGCUGGAGGAGCUGCUGCAGCUGCAGGAGGAGCAUCUGAGGCUGCUGGGAAUCAUGAAUGAAUCCCAGAUUUGCACAAAAGAGAGUUCAGAAUCUUCGGGAACCAAGUGGGAUGAAGAAGUGAUCCAUGCUGAUACGAGCUGCAGCGAGAUCACACAGAGAACCGGUGGCCUCCUACAGGAAAAACAGCUUUUAGCAGCAGGAAGGCAGGAGCUGCUGCUCAAACGCCAGGGUUGUUAUGACGGUGAUGAAGACGAAACAUGGGACUCCACAGAUGUUCAGGAGGAGGGACCUGAAACUAGAAAUUUUACGAGGCAACCAGAAGAUGCMGUUCAAAGUGAAAACUACAUGAAAAAUCCAGAUCAAGUUUUUAUUGACAGGCCGAUAAGGCCGGGAGUCGGGGGUCCGAAGCAGACGUUUGAGGAACUGUUGGAGGAGCAGCUCAGACUGGAGGAACAGAGGCUGAAGUGUGUCCAACAGCAACACAAGGCAAACGGAACUGAAGCCCCUCUCAAGAGGCCCUUUCUGAAGCGAGGCGAGGGCCUUUCCAGAUUUACCAGCAAAGCUUCUUCUCUAAAGGUGGAGGUGAAGAAAGACGAAAAACUACAAGCCCAAGGCAGAGUCAUUUCCCGCAGCAACUCUGCGCCUGUUUUCAUGGGGCGAGGCUGUUCCAGCAGUGUCCCGCAGCUUCCCGUCCAACGGAAAACUGCCGUUCUCCCCACAGAAAACCCACAGAGGGGACUCCGUGUGCCUCCACRCAACAUCAAAGCACAGAGCAAGGCGGCACGGACAAAAGUUUCAGGUAGUCGUCAGAGACAAAAAACAGCCCUAGAGUUGAUCCAAACAGAACCAGAGGCCGGACAAAACCAGCCUCUAACGGAGCAGAAUAAGAAAGUGGGCGUGUCGGUUCAGACUCUGAAAAACUGUGGUUCUAACUUGCAGCAGGACCCUGAAACCAAACAGGUGGACCUUUUAGGUAGGCUGGAGAAAGCUGUUCCAAAACAGGAAGUAACCAGGUCAGAGGGGGGACGUGAACCUCCUCUGGAUUCCAUGGCGUUAUCGUUCCAGGAGAAGCUCCGGCGCUGGGAGCGUGACCGGCAGGUGGAGAGCAUGGAGCUGGGAGAGUUUGAGCUGCUGGAGCAAGCUGCYGAGGAGCUGUCCUUCUCCUCUACCUCCUCCUUCGUCAUGAAGGUUCUUCAGUUGGACCAGCAGAAGUGGCAGGCUGCUGCGGGGCUCCACCAGAGACGCCUCUCCUCCACCCCCAUCAAAUCGCCUCCCAGGAGUGAAGCUCAGGAGUGCAGCGGCAUUCAGCACGGAGAUGUUUUAGGCUGUGAAAGCACUUCUGUGGGGAAGAGAAGUGAGACCCUCGAGGACAAAGUGAGCACCGACGAUGAGGAAGAAGGCAAACAAGAGAUGUCUGACAUGUCCUCAGACUGCAGCUCUGACUUUAGAGGUAAAGAAGUUGUGGUCAAAGGAGCUGCUGUCUUCCCUACAAGGUCUGAGCCUCCAUAUGACAAGAGGUCUUAUCAGGAUGAGGACAGCUUCAGGGACUCGGAGACAGACACGCCACAUGAGGAAGAUGAGGAGAGAGACGGUGCUGAAGACUCAACGCUGACAGAGGACAGAGACAGCCAGCAGGGAAGGGUUGUGUUUGACGAUGACGACACGUGGAACGACCUGGACCACACGGCUGCCGGUGAGACCAGCGAGUGCAGAGCGUUCAGUCCGGUUCCCAAACCCACAGUCUGUGGAGCUUCACCACCGGAGAAGACUCUGUUCAGGAAAGUGGCAGCAAGCAAAGCUGUAGAGCCUGACAAAGUCCCGGAGCCUGAUCCACCACCUGCCUCUCAACUCAUGACCAGGUUGUUCCCCUCGCUGAAGCCAAAAGCCCAGAAUGCACCUGUUCCCCCUCCGUCUGCUGCCUCUGAGUGGAAGAAGCCAGAAGAUGAGACAGCAGGGAUCAAAAGUAGCCUGAGGAGGUCUGCUGGGUCGGGAUCUUCAUCCUCCUCUUCAUUAUGUGGCAGAAUGGCAGAGGAGAAACCAGCGGCUGCCGGUCAGAAUCAGAACCCAUCAAACGAGGACCACUCACUGGACUGCUCCCCGAAAAUAGAUCCAGUCCUAAAACAAGCAGAGAGCUGCGAGGUGGAACCAGAACCACCUCAGGAGGUUCUGACUCACCCUGAUGGAAAGGUAGAGAAAGUUCUGGCCAGUGGAGAUCGUCUCGUCGUCUUCCCCAACGGGACCAGGAAGCAGAUUUCAGCCGACGGGCUCUCAGCGAAGGUCACCUUCUUCAACGGAGACACGAAACAAAUCACAGCUGAUCAGAGAGUGAUCUACUUUUAUGCAGAGGCCCAGACCACACACAUCACGUACCCUGAUGGGAUGGAGGUCCUGCACUUUCCCAACAACCAGACAG